GCCUGAUAUCAGCAUUGCACGCGUUGUGUCACCAUGGCACGCUUAGUCGCUGCUGUGCCCUGCUCCCAGCUGGCCACCAGACAGCAAGAUUCUCUGCAGGCCAUUGUGAACAAGCACGUCCAGGAUCCAGCUUUGAGGGAGCUCAACUCCUCUCAAACUUCCACAGAGAGGGGUGUGCAGCGAUGGGAGCAGGCACAUCUCGUUUCAGCCCUGGAUGUCAUCAACGAAUACCAGCGAUCCCGUCGUGCACGAGUUUUCAGCUCACUGGGAGACUUUGGGCCUUCCUUUCGACGUUCCUACAAGAACGACCCCAGGACACGCAUGUGCGAACUCCUAAAAAGCUGGCUCAGAGCCAAUGCUGCUUGCAAUUCCUUACCAGAGGAAGAGGUGCGGUCGAUGUGUGGCCUUUGCCGGGACGUUCUCAGCCAUCCGCAGCUUUUUCCUGCCAAAAACCCUCAGAGCUUCAUGAAGAGCAUGGCAGAUGUCUAUGACCACCUGCAGUGGCAGCUCCAAGAGGUCCUGGAGAAAGACCGCAGUUGUGCGGAGCUUGCGCAGCGGAUCUUGUCCAUGAGCCGGAACUUGGUGACGGACACGAUCACCUAUUUGUUGCUGGGUCCCAGUGAUCUCAAAGACACUGAUGGCUUGCCUUCCAUGGAGGUGGUGAAACUGUGGCAAUCCUUACCAAAUGAGGGACAUCCAAUGCCUCACCGCAAAGAUCCAGCAUUACAGAAGCUGAUGGGCGAGGCUUGGCAGAGCCACGUGGGGAUGUUAGUUGCUGCCUUGCUCCGCGCACCAUGGUGUGUGCGAUUGUUUGCUGGAGCCGAUGCUGAAAGCAGCACCCGACUGCUGGCGUUGGAAGAUGGAAAGGAUUUUCAGCUGCCCUCCCUUCAGAGCCUUCUGAAAGAGGCUGAGCGAUGUUUCGAUGCCGGCUACUUCAAGGGAAGUGGCUUGGUUGGUGCCUUGCGACAAGAUGAGAAGCAACGGAGCAGCUGGAUCCAGGCUUUGAUCAUCACCUCAGACAUCAUGUAUCUUUUGGGUGAGGUCAUGGUGCAAUUCCACCGCAUCAGUGAUGGCCUGGGAGACUUCGGGAUGAUCCGUGUCUCCCCCUGGUUGCAUCCUGUGCUGGACUCCUUGGUGGAGAAAGUUCUGAGUCUCAAGGGACUGCUCGAAUCACUGAACCACUCCCUGGAUGCCGCCUAUGUUUUGGCACGUGCCCGUGGACAGAAGGUGUUGAAACCUGCCCCUUCAGAGAAGAUGUGUUUCCGCGCCAGAGAAGCCAUUCAAAGAGCCUUGCUGGCUGGAAAGGGAAGCCAUGCUGACCAAUUGCUUCAAGUUGCAGAUGAGCUGCGUGCCAGGAGUGCACCAGAGCGCCUGCCUCACUUGGCUAAGGGCCUUGGGGAUGCUACACUCAGCCUCAGCAGCGUUCUGAGCUCGGAGGAAUUUCGAAGGCAUGUGGGUGACGCCUUCCCAGACCUGCCAAAGCUGGGCGAUUGCCUGGAGGCCCAACGUGGAGUAGAUGAGAUUCGGGCCAUUGAGGGACCAAGAACUUUGGAGAAGAGAAGAACUCCACUGGCCAUUCAGGACGACACUUCCACUCGGACGGCCACCACCGUCUCGGCGAUCCAAAGCUUCGCCAGUGAGCGGAGUUGUAGCAGUUGCUGCAGCAACACACUGAAUGUUUCGGAGCCUUUAGGUCUUGUGAUGAAGUUCGAGGUCUAUCGCCUGUUGAACAACACGCGUCACGACUGUCGAAGCAUUGAGUUGCGCAGCGGCCAGCUCCUCAUCUAUGACAAGAAUUCUACAUCACAGGUGAAAUAUGUUGUGCAGAUCCCUGAUGGUAUGGAUCGUGUGCUUUUGAAAAGUGAUGUGAUCUUAGAGAUGUCCUUCACCGUGCUGCCAGCCAGUGCAAAGAAAGGGAUGAAGCAAAAAGACUACAUCUUUGAAUUCAUAUCCGCAGAAGAAGCAGAUGUCUUUUGUGAGGAGAUUUGGAACCAAGGGGUUCGAUAGCGCCGCUGUACAGCUUUAUUGUUUAUGUCCUGAGCCCCGUUUCCAGUGUACAGUCCUCUAGAGAACUGUGAGAUAUGGGACACGAACAGACGUUGA